UUAAUUCAUAAAAUUGUCACUUUUUCAGAUUCCAUGAACUCCACUGAUGAGUUGGUCGACCCACUUCAGCCACCGUCAAUUAUUCACCAAGUUACCAUCAUCGUAGUGUACAGUAUAAUGCUUCUAUUCUCGUUAAGUGGUAACACAAUCAUCAUCUUUAUCGUGUUUACAAGGCCUUUUAUGAGAUCAGUCACAAACUGCUUAAUUGCCAACAUGGCCGCCGCAGACCUCCUUAUGACAUUCAGUGCCAUGCCCUAUUCAGUCGCCUACACGUACGUUGCAAGCCGCUGGUUCGGUGGCAUUAUGGGUAUGAUCACGUGCAAGUUACUACACUUUACAAUUGCUCUGUCCAUUGCAGCAUCCAUUUUAACGCUGACAGUGAUAGCGCUGGAUCGCUUCUUCGCCGUCGCAUAUCCAUUUAAACGUGUAAGCGUCAUUCGUCACAUUCCCACGACAAACAUGCUUAUUUGGCUGGUAUCCGUAAUUUGUAUGUCACCCUACCUCUACUACUACAAAAGCAAUCUACUCGAAGAUAACAGUUACCACUGCUUUGUAUUGUGGGAGCCCUUGGCUGAUUCUUUUACAGCGUCAAGGAUUUAUUUUUCGUUUAUUUUCAUCGCCCUAUAUCUGGUGCCUUUGCUCUUCAUUUGCAUAUUCUACAGUAUUAUUUCUUUCAAGCUAUGGGCUCGACGAAUUCCUGGCAAUCCAACAGAAGUUAAUCUCAGAAAUGUAGAACUUAGCAAGCGGAGGACUAUAAAAAUGCUCAUCAUUAUUGUGGUGGUUUUCGCGCUGUGCUGGCUACCUGCGCAUUUAAUGCACUUUUUCAUAUUCUUUGAAGAUAGAACAUUUAACAAACUGUCUUUGUUAAUCAUUUUUGGUAUCUCGCACGCAAACUCCGCAAUAAACCCUUACCUUUACAUUGUACUGAACAGAAAUUUUCGCCGCCCUUUUCUCGAAGUCCUCCGGAGUUGCUUCGGACCUGCCGGGAACUUGAGAUCCCGCGGAAGUCAUACGUCUUCCAACACCGUAUUGGCCCGGUGCAUGUCUCAGGAAUACGUCGUCGAAGACACAGCACUUGGAAGGAAAGGACUGUAUGAAUUAUCCAACAAAACAGAGCAAAACGGUGAUUUGCCGACUAUUAGACAGAUAAGUCUUUUAAAGGUGAGAGAAACCGAAUUCCUGGUGGAUCCUGCGAGCCAUGAUGUGAAGAAACGAGCAACAGUCAGUCCAUGGCAAGACAAGGAGAGCUCAGUUGCAGAGGCAAGAGAAAGCACAACGACUUCAUGA